GUAAUGAUUAUUGUUCAAAAUUAGUGAGUUGGACACAAUAGGUGGUCGGUUACUUUUAUCUUCGUUUACAUUUGUUCUACACAGUUUGAACCACUCAAACUUUCGUUCAUUUUAUGACGCACAUAUAGUCGAAAACUAUAAGCUGAGAACAAUAACUAUAAAAACCAUUUAUCGAUAAUCAUAUUUUGCACUGCAACGUUUUUUUUCGUCAAUUUGCGUGUGGGCAUAAAUAAAUAGCAAAUGAGUUAAGUGCGUGAAAAAUGGACUUGGAAAAAGAAGACCGGGAGCAGAAAAAGGCGGAAGAAACAGGUUCAACAGAGGUCAACAAUGCAUUUCUGACAGACCCCUCGACUAAUAAAGAAGAUUCAGAAGGGCAGGACAAUGAAAGAAAAGAGGCAGCAGAUCCUAAGUUGGGCGUAGACGGUACAGCUGCGGUAGUCGAGUUGGAUUCGGAGGAGAAUAAGGGCGAGGGUGAGAUGCGAACAAUCACACGACUCACAAGUACACCAGCCACAUCACACAAAAAUUCCAAAUUGGUGAAAUUUGACCGAGAGACAACCGAUUUAUCCGAGAUGACGGUUCAGAGGUUCAAUAACCGAAUGAGCAGCACCCGAGAAGCACCCAAGACACCCGAGAGGAGUCUGGCAUUCGACCCCUGCAGAUUACCGGAGACACCUCUGGAGCACCAGCCGAGAACUCUCUACUUGCUCGCAACAGAUACUCCCAAGAGGGCCCCGCCCAUUAAGGCUUGGCGAGGAUACGGGGGAAACAUUUACUUCGAACCGGUCAACCUAAAGAAAGCUCCCAUUGGGUCCAAACCCUCGACCACAAUUUCUCUGUACAACCCACCAGUGAGCCAGGAACUAACCAGGCGAAGCUCACUAAACUACAAGCUAGCUAGUUAUUACGAACAGCAUCAAAGUUAUGAGUAUAAACUACCACCUGUUGUCGCACCUGUUCAUUAUGACGUCACAAUGAUCGAAGAUUGCGACGGGAAAGUCGGACGAGCGGGUAAAAAUUGGGCUCACGACGAGCGAAGGUGGAUGCGAGGUCUACAGUCGACAGGAAGCCUUCGGCUUUUGCCCUCGCAAGUGACGAGAAGCGCACGACCGACUGGAGGAACCAGAGUGAAUUUUCGACUGGCAAAUGAAGCUCUUGGCCGAACUGCGAUUAAAAAGUCACAGCGCAUAACUGCGUCGGCUAGCCGCUUUUCGGACGAACUGCACACAAGCUCGCCAGUAGUAUUUUAGCCAAUUAAAACUAAUGAUUUACAUUGAUUUUCUAGUGUUCAACACAGUGCCUUACUUCGAGCUCAAAAGUAGCUCCAGGAAAGGAAUUGCAUUUAAUUCUAUUUCUUAUCAGAAUAGCAAGUGUUUUCAGAUUG